AUGGCGAAAAAGGGUGUUUGGGCAGGCAUAUUUGCCUACAUUGUGCCAAUUGUGUUAUAUUUUUCUCUGACAAACUGUUUUAGUGUCAAAAUUUUGGACGAACUCAAUUACGAUAAUUUUGACGGUGUUAUUGCAAGUGAAAUGCCCAAUUACACGAAUUUUGUAGACACCAAUAAAUAUUUGUCUGGAAACAUUGUUUUCGAUCCCGUUGCACUUGCUGGUUAUUAUCGUUUAACUGAGAAUUUUAUGAACGCAGUUUUAGAUCCUAAUUUCAUUACCGAAGAUAUGAUCGAAUGGGAGCAGGAUGGUGACGUUCAGUACCCGAAAUUUACUGGCGAUUUUAUAAGUGAAUUAUUGAAAAAAAACUGGGCGUUUGUGCUGAUUAUUGUGAUUACUCUAUUAAUAGCGGUAGUAACGCCAAUCGUUGGGAUUAUAUUCUGCUGUUGCCGAUGCUGCGGUAACUGUGGAUGUCACUCAAGACCAAGCGAUAAGAAAAAAGAUAAUACCAAAAAGGCCAUUUACGGCGUUUUGCUAAUUUCUUUCGGUACAAUUUUGUUAAUGACUGUUGUUUGCGUCUUCGCAACCAAUAAGCAAAUGUACGAAGGAGUAUCCGAAUUUCCCGAUAGCAUAAGAGAAUCGUACGGAGACGGUACGAUGUUUCUUGAUAGCGUUAGGGACCAAGCAAGUGAGCUUUUACAGACCAAUUACGAUCAAUUUGCUGAGGUUUUUAACAACACAUUGCGCAAUUCCGGAGAUAAUAUAUUACAGAAUUUGGACAUUUGGAGUAACGCUUCGGCCAUUAUAAAAUUAGAUGAUUUCGUUCGUAAAAUAGUAGAUAUUAAAAAGAAAAUGCAACAACUGAUGGCUGAUUCAAAUACAAUUAAAGGGGAAGUGGUUAAACUAGGAAAAGGUUUGAACGACACUAAAAGUUCUUUAACGAAUGUACUAGAUACAUGUUCUGUUAAACAAUGCACGGAUAUGAAGAAAAGUAUUUCCACUAUUAACCUGAAUAUUAAUAUUGACGAGUUACCGGAUGCCAAUGAACCCUUAAACCAGUUAGGAAUGCUUAAUGUAGAUAAACUUAUUGAAGCUGCUAAUGCUGGUAGUACAGCCCUGAAGGAUCUCACCACACGUAUUAAUAGGACAAUAGAUGAAAAUACUAAUAAAGCUUACGAAGCAAUCCAAACAGGAAGAACAACUAUCAACGAGAACUUUGAUAACUUUACCCAAGUUAUAUCAGAUCUUCAGGUACAGCUCAAAAACGUCAACAGCACCAUGGAAGACAGCUAUCAUUACAUAAAGGAUUAUUCUCCCUACAUUUAUUACGGCGGAUUAGUAAUGAGUUGCGUGCUACUUCUAAUUGUAGCAUGCAUCGCAUUCGGAUUAGUUUUUGGAAUAUUCGGACGCCGGCCCGACGGCGGAAAAUACGGAAGAAAAUUUCUCACCAAGGAUACAGGAAGCACGUUUUUAACCAGUUCGGUGCUGCUGAUAUUUGUUUUUACAUGCGUGAUAGGAAUCCUUACGUUCGUUAUGAUGGUAGCGGGAUUGCUAGUCGAAAGAGGCAUUUGCUACCCUAUGCGCAACCCCGAACACUCGUCCGUCAUAAACAUUAUCAAUAAAUUAGUGUCCGAUAACGCUACAAUUGACUUAAAACUGAACGUAAGCGAAAUAUUGGUGAAGUGUCGCGACAACGAAAGCCUUUAUAACGUGUUUGAAUUGUCUAAUAAAAUCGAUUUGGAUACUUUAGUUAAAAAUUUUAACAUCAGCGAAGAAGUAAACAGUAUAUCCAAACAAAUAAGCGAAAAGUUAAAUGAUAUAUUACCUAAGAAUUUCUCCAUUUUGAGUUCAGAUCAAUUGAAUGAUUUAAAACAACUGGAAAGCGUGAAACCGAAUGUAGAUUUGGAUGGUUACGAAAAACAGUUGAACCAAGACAUCUUAAACGCCGAUCUUCAAAACGUGAUAGACAGUUUGGAGCAGAUUUUAAAGCUUCCAACAUGGACUGAUGAGCAACUUGCACAGUUAACCGAUUCCAUUACGAAUCUCAAGGAUCAAUUAAAAAUUGUGCAAUCUAUAAAGACAACAGCAAAUCAAACGUUGGAUUUGGCCAAGUCUUUAAAUGAUGAUUUAUUGUUGAAUUCCACCAGUUUCUCCGACGGCGUUACCGACCUUUUAGGGAAUAUCGAGAUCGCCAAUAAAGACCUAAAAAACGAAAGUUCAAAAUUAGUUGAAGCCGCCAAAUCAUUUGGAAAAUUCGUGGGGAACCUAGUCGAAGGUUAUUUAGACAGGGUGGUGAAUGUUAUAAAGAAUGAUUUGGGUCAGUGCGGUCAUUUGAGCGUAGCAAUCGAUUCCCUAUUGAUCGCUACCUGCGAUAAAAUAUUUUUGCCAUGGAACGGCUUUUGGGUGGCGCUAUUUAUAAGUCUAUUGGUAUUUAUUCCGACUUGGACCGUUUCGAUUGUUCUGACAUCGCUUUAUAAAAAAUAUAAAAUUACUGGAGAGUUCAACAGAUCCCCGAGUAAGCGGUCUAAAAGAGAUGUUAAAAAAACUAAACCAGACAAUACAAAAAAUUAUCAACCCGGAUCCUUUUAUGAUGGCACGGCAACCGAAGGCACAGCAAGCGAUUUUUUUGAUGUCAAUGACAAUCAAAAAUCCACGCGCUUUUAA